CCCGACUUUUCCAACUACCGUGCUCACGUCAUCACGGUGUAGCGAUGAGGAGGGACGUGGAGCAGAACUGGUGGGCUCGAAGAAGUUCUGAAAACUAAUAAUGUAAAGUUUUAAGUCCUUAUUGAGGAACACAAACUAACGGAAACUCUGGUUUCUUCGAGUGAGGUUGAGGUUUCUAAGUUGACAAGAUGAUGUCUGAUGCCAGCGACAUGUUGGCUGCUGCCUUGGAGCAGAUGGAUGGCAUUAUAGCAGGCUCAAAGGCGUUGGAUUACUCCAAUGGUUUGUUUGACUGCCAGUCGCCCACGUCUCCUUUCAUGGGUAACCUGCGGGCGCUUCACCUUGUGGAAGACCUGAGGGGCGUCCUGGAAAUGAUGGACACAGAGGAAAGGGAAGGUUUACGUUGCCAGAUCCCCAGCUCGACAGCUGACAGUCUGGUUGAGUGGCUCCAUGGGAACCUGUCCAAUGGACACAUCCCUCUAAGUGGAGGUGACCACUAUCAGGAAAGACUGUCAAGACUUGAGAGUGAUAAAGAGUCUCUAGUUCUUCAGGUGAGUGUGCUGACCGACCAGGUGGAGGCUCAAGGAGAGAAGAUCCGUGAUUUAGAUUUGUGUUUAGACGAGCACCGAGAGAAACUCAACUCAACUGAGGAGAUGUUGCAACAGGAGCUUCUGUGCAGAGCRGCACUGGAGACCCAGAAGCUGGAGCUGAUGUCGGAAGUGUCCAACCUCAAGUUAAAACUCAACUCUUUGGAGAAGGAGAGGCUGGACUUCGAUGACAGAUUUCGGGACACUGAUGAUCUGAUUCUUGAAAUUAAUGAGCUGCGGUUCAGGCUGACCGACCUGGAAACUGAGAAAUUACAGUACGAAAAGAAACUUAAAUCCACAAAGGAGGAGCUAGUCUUACUGAGGAGGCAGCUGGAGGGCAAAGACGGAGACACGAGGAGACCACACGAUGAGACGGGCUUCAGAUCCAUCGCUAUGAGCGGUGCAGAUUCCCUGGAGAGAGUUUCUCAUCCAGAUGAGACGUUAAGAAAGAGGCUGAAAGAAAAACAUGUGGAAGUGCAAAGAAUGAAAAAGGCAGUCGAGUCGUUGAUGGCAGCAAACGAAGAGAAGGAUCGUAAGAUUGAGGAGUUAAAGCAGUCGCUUCUGCGGUACAAGAAAGUUCAGGAUAUGGUGAUGUCGGUGCAAGGAAAGAAAGAGAAAAUAAAAGAUAAUGAGCACGUCGAGAGCCCAACUGAUGGAAUCGGUGCCGUCUUGUCAUAUCUCGGGUCUGAGGAAACUGAGAAACAGCACAUUACGGAUCUUGAACAGCUAAGAGUAAAGAAGUCAGAUGAGAUGGAAGGUCUCAGCGGACAGAGUGAAGAUCCUUCACCCACGCCCAGCCCUCCUGAUCCAGAGGAAGUUUCUGAGCUCGCACCAACAGAUGAAGACCGAAGCCAAGAUGCAACUAAAAUUGAAAAYCAUUUAGAAGAGAGCAAGAACGAGAAGUGUACAAAUGAAGAGAACAGUAAGAUGACUGAGAAGCCACCUUUAAAUCCCUCGGCCACUUUGCCGGCCUCCACAGAUGACGACGGCUUUGGCUCGAGAAAGGCUCGCUCGUCUUUUGGAAAGGGCUUCUUUAAGAUCCGCGGAGGCAAGAAGACCAGCGGCAGCCCUUUAGACCGCAGCAGGAGUGCGAGUGCACCUAUGCUAGCUGAAACGGAGCGGCAGGGCACCGAUCAUCUGGACCUGGCUGGGCUGCCCCAGAGGUCGUCCAACAGUGACAGCACAAACACACUUCCCACCACCGCAGAAAACAGGAAGAAAUCCAAAGGAAUAAAAAAACUAUUUGGGAAGCUGAGAAGAAGUCAGUCUACCACCUUCAAUCUGGACGAUAACUUACCAGARGGAGAGUUUAAACGAGGCGGAGUUCGAGCCACAGCAGGACCCAGACUGGGUUGGUCUCGUGACCUUCAGCGAGUCAACAAUGAGGUGGACGCUCCCUUCGCACGAUGGUCCAAGGAUCAGGUUUGUGGCUGGCUGCAGGAGCAGGGUCUGGGUCUUUACGCGAACCUGGCCCGAGUGUGGAUCUCAUCCGGACAGACUCUGCUGCAGGCGUCGCAGCAAGACCUCGAGAAGGAGCUGGGUAUCAAACACCCGCUGCACAGGAAGAAGCUGCAGCUGGCUCUGCAGGCCCUCGGCUCGGAGGAGGACGACAACAAGGGGAAGUUGGACUACAACUGGGUGACAAGGUGGUUGGAUGAUAUCGGCCUGCCUCAGUAUAAAACCCAGUUUGAUGAGGGCAGAGUGGACGGUCGCAUGCUGCACUACAUGACCGUGGAUGACCUGCUGUCUCUGAAAGUAGGAAGUGUCCUUCAUCACCUCAGCAUCAAGAGAGCGAUUCAGGUCCUUCGACUAAACAACUACGRCCCCAACUGUUUGCGUCGCAGGCCAUCGGACGAG